GUUCAGGUGACCUAUGUAAUACCGCGACAUUUCUUUGCUUAUCAGGUUUUUGUGUUCCAAAACAUUUUGGUUAAGUGGUAGUUCGAAUACGAUCAGAAAAGCAUAGCCAAUUUUUGGAGCAACUGAUAGUCAAUUUAACACAUGUCUAAAAGUUAACACUCGCGAUAAAACCGUCAUCUAUAAAUCACUAGCAGUAAUCUGAAAGUCAAUUAUUGGUAUUUGUGCUCUGUCAUCGUGGCUCAUAAUCUUCAAAUCAAACGUUGCAUUCAUGCCGUCGAUUGUGAAUUGUCGUAUAACUAGCUCAUUUGUUAUUAUUGCGUCAACGUUAAGUUCUAUAACGCCCGGUUUAGCGUUCGGUUUUUCUUCGGCAUGCACUCUCCAAGUGUACUUUACGAUCUGGAAAUCUGCGAUUUUCGCCAGUUCAUUGAACAUUGGUGGUCUUUUAGGCGGGUUGCUAUCGGCGCGUAUGUUGUCAACUGCUGGAAGACGUUUUACUCUUUUGGUAUCUUGUAUUCCUACUGUGUUAGGCUGGUUAUGGAUGUAUCUAUGUUCUGACGUAAUAUAUCAAAAUGCCUUCCCAACAAAUUUAUUUGUUUUUGGUCGUCUUUUAACUGGAUUUGGGGCGGGAUUAUGUAUUCCAUCUUCUGCCACAUAUAUGUUAGAAAUAUCUCCAACUAAAAUUCGUGGUAUAGUUGGUUCAUUACCUCAAGUUGGAAUAGUCACAGGGAUUUGUAUAUCUUUUUUCAUGGCUAUGUUUACGCUCUGGGAACAAAUCGCCCUAAUAAAUACCAUUUUCUCCAGCGUCAUACUAAUUCUCGUAUGGCUUCUCCCAGAAUCUCCGAAAUGGCUUCGAAAAGCUGGCCGUAUUCACGAGGCUAACAGUAUUAGCAUACAGUUGUUUGGGAUAGUCAGUGGACAUUCUGCGGAUACGAUCGAUUUAAACGAAAGUAUAACCAAUAGUGAAACAAAACAGCACUCAUUAUGGCAUUAUAUCUUUCCAUGUUCACUUGUUCCGUCAAGUCAACAACCUCAAUUACGAAUGGCUACAGCCCUCAUGAUAUUUCAACAGUUAACUGGUGUAAAUGCUUUCCUCUUUUUUGCUGAAUCAGUUUGUCUCAUUGGAAAUGCAAAAUCACCUCCUAUAUGUGCCUUUUCUAUAGGCUUUUUUCAAAUGAUAUUCACUAUUUUAGCAGCUUUUGUUAUCAAUCACGUGCGUCGAAAAACGUUGCUUCAGUUUAGUGCCUUUAUCAUGGUUAUAGCUUUACUAGCCUACAGCAUUACAAUUUCUGCUUAUUCAUACAUUGAUGAACUUGGUCAGUUUUGGAUUAUUUUAUUUAUGUUUGGUUAUUCAUUUGGUUGGGGACCAUUACCAGUACUUAUUAGCAUGGAAUUAUUUCCAGUUAGUAGUCGUGGAAAUGCUGUCAGUGCUGCUAUCGCUGUCAAUUGGAUCUUUGCUUUUAUAAUAACAGAACUAUUUGAAAUAACUGGUAAUUUAAUUAAUCCUGCCAUAGUAUUUGUCAUAUUUUCUAUAUGCUGUUUAAUAUCUAUGGUUUAUGUGCAUAAAUAUUUGCCAGAAACUAGCGAUGAAUCAAAUGGAUCAACAUUAGAUACUAUUUCAUCAUUAUCGUAUAAAUCACAAUUAAGUGCUUAAUGAGAAAGUAUUUUCUAUAAUUUCUAAUACAAACACUAAUUAUUACUGUUUUUGAUAUUUGUUUCCUUAGAAAUCAUAUUUUUUUCGCAUUAUUUUAAUUUUUUUCUCGUAAGAGUCAAGUCUCCCUUGACUUGUUCUUUUUUAUCGCUUUCUCUCGUAUAAUUGAUGUUCUCGUUUAUAUGUGUAUAUGCCUGAUUCAGAAAGAUUAAUAUUUCCCUAUUCCACUUACACACUACUCAUGCUUCAUUAUGUGUUGCAUAAGUACACUUUCCUUUUUUUUGUUUGUAGAUCAUGACAAACUUAUUUUUUAAAAAAACAAUGUCGAUAUUUGUUUUAUGUUUUGUUUGUUUUUUUUGUUUUUUUUCACAACAAAUGUUACAUAAUAUUUGUUUCAAUAGUUUUGAUUUUUCACUGAGUGAUUAAAAUAUGAUUUGUUGCUAUGGUUUUUGAAGUUGAUUUUGUUACCUAAAUACCCAGGUAAAUGGUGAAAAGUUAUUAUUAUUAUUAUUUGUGAUUAUUAUUAUUAUUAUUAUUAUUAUUAUUA